UUGAUUGUUUGUGACUCAGUAGUUUUGGUAUAAGAAGUGGAGGUAAUAUUUCUUUGUAAUACAUAAAAAAAUUAAAUUUUAAACAUGCCUGAUUAUUUAGGAGAUGAUAUGAGAAAAUCAAGAGAUGAGAAAGAUGAAAAGGAAAAAGACGUUAAAGCUUUGGAUGAAGGAGAUAUAGCAUUAUUGAAAUCAUAUGGUGUUGGCCAGUACAGCAAGUCUAUCAAACAGGUUGAAGAUGACAUUCAAGGUAUAUUGAAAAAAGUGAAUGAACUUACUGGUAUAAAAGAAUCCGAUACUGGUCUUGCACCUCCUGCUCUUUGGGACUUGGCAGCCGAUAAGCAAACUCUUCAGAACGAGCAGCCCCUCCAAGUGGCUCGAUGCACAAAAAUUAUCACUACAGAUUCAGAUGAUCCAAAAUAUAUUAUUAAUGUCAAACAGUUUGCAAAGUUUGUGGUGGAUCUGGCUGAUUCUGUUGCUCCCACAGAUAUUGAAGAAGGCAUGAGAGUUGGAGUUGAUCGAAAUAAGUAUCAAAUCCAUAUACCGUUGCCACCCAAGAUUGAUCCAACUGUUACAAUGAUGCAAGUUGAAGAAAAGCCUGAUGUCACUUACAGUGAUGUGGGAGGAUGUAAAGAACAAAUUGAAAAAUUAAGAGAAGUUGUCGAAACUCCUCUUCUUCAUCCUGAGAAAUUUGUGAAUUUGGGUAUUGAGCCUCCAAAAGGAGUUUUGCUUUUUGGACCACCAGGAACUGGAAAGACACUUUGUGCCAGAGCUGUUGCUAACAGAACAGAUGCCUGCUUUAUUCGUGUUAUUGGCUCGGAGUUAGUGCAGAAAUAUGUUGGUGAGGGUGCACGUAUGGUUCGAGAAUUAUUUGAAAUGGCUCGCAAUAAGAAGGCUUGCCUUAUAUUUUUUGAUGAAAUUGAUGCCAUUGGAGGGGCUCGUUUCGAUGAUGGUGCUGGAGGUGAUAAUGAGGUGCAGAGAACCAUGUUAGAGCUUAUCAACCAGCUAGAUGGUUUUGAUCCCAGAGGGAAUAUCAAAGUGCUUAUGGCAACCAACAGGCCAGAUAUAUUAGAUCCCGCUCUUAUGCGUCCUGGACGUUUAGAUAGAAAAAUUGAAUUUGGCUUACCAGAUCUUGAGGGAAGGACACAUAUUUUCAGAAUUCAUGCUAGGUCCAUGAGUGUUGAGCGAGACAUAAGAUUUGAACUACUUGCUAGGCUUUGUCCUAAUAGCACUGGUGCUGAAAUCCGCAGUGUUUGCACUGAAGCUGGUAUGUUUGCUAUCCGAGCUCGUCGUAAAAUUGCAACUGAAAAAGACUUUUUAGAAGCUAUUAACAAAGUUAUCAAAUCAUAUGCAAAAUUCAGUGCAACUCCUCGUUACAUGACUUAUAAUUAAAUUAUUUUAUGUUUGUACAUUUUUUUUUCUUUUAACUGGCUAGAAAUAAAGUGUAUCUGUUUUUUGA